CCAUAACUUCAGCUGGUGCUUAUAGAGCCGUUCAACGCCAGCAAAAACACGUUGACAGCAUCGAGACCAUCUCAGCGUCCCUGACUUGCACCAAUCAAGCUAGCUGCAAUACCCCACGCGCGAAACUGCGGUGAGCUGCAAAUCCCUGCAUAGCCGCAUGCCCCUCCAAACUCCAAAAUAUAUCCCUUCCUCGACACUCAGUCAUUGCACCCUUGCUCCUCUGCCGAAUUGCUUCCGGGACUUGUAAAUAGGUCAAUUGGAAGUGCUUCUGCACUCAGAUACCUUUCCACCACGACUUUAGCCCAAAAUAUUCGGAAAGCUUUCAAGAUGGCCGCCGCAGCAUCUGUCUAUCCCCCGCUGAACGAGCGCCCCAUCAAGAACACAGUCCUCCUCUUCGACGUCGAUGACACGCUCACUAAGCCCCGACAACUCGUCAAGCCCGAAAUGGCCCAGCUCCUCUCCGAGCUCCGGCACAAAGUCGCGAUCGGCUUCGUAGGCGGAUCCAAUCUCGUCAAGCAGCAAGAACAGCUCGGCAUAAACGGCGUCGAUGUAACCACGUUCUUCGACUUCGCCUUCGCCGAGAACGGAUUGACGGCAUACCGGAUGGGAGAGCAGCUUGCGAGCGCGAGCUUCAUCGGGUGGAUUGGCGAGGAGAAGUACAAGGAGCUUGUGAAGUGGAUCCUGCACUACAUUGCCGACCUCGACCUCCCCAUCAAGCGCGGCACCUUCGUCGAGUUCCGCAACGGCAUGAUCAACGUGUCCCCCAUCGGCCGCAACGCCAGCGUCGCCGAGCGCAACGACUACGAAGCCUACGACAAGCAGCACCACAUCCGCACGACCAUGAUCGAGAAGCUCAAGGCCGCCUUCCCCGACCUAGGCCUCACCUACUCCGUCGGCGGCCAGAUCUCCUUCGACGUGUUCCCCACCGGCUGGGACAAGACGUACUGCCUGCGGCACAUCGAGGUGGACAAGGAGAGGCCUGAUGGCGUCGAGUAUACGACGAUUCACUUCUUUGGGGAUAAGGCGUAUAAGGGGGGCAAUGAUUGGGAGAUUUACUCGGAUGAGCGGACGGUGGGGCAUGCCGUGAAGAAUCCGGAUGAUACGUUUAGGCAGCUGAAGGAGAUGUUUCCUUGAAGGACUGUGGACGAGGCACGCCCAUGUGGAGGCUACGGGCCGCUAUAAGGAAUGAUUAUCUGGGUCCUAGACAUGCAGGGUCUGGAGGGAUACGACAGACUUAGGUGGACACUGACACAUGGCAUAGCGGGAGCAUGACAGCUACGUGCUUAUAGACCGAUAUUCCCCUGUUUUCGAUGCAAAUGAAAAGCAUGAUUUCGAGC